AAUUUCGUCUCAUCGGGAUCGAAACCAUCCAACAGCCCCACACACAGUCUCCAUUUCUCCUCCGCCAAUGGCCGCCGCCGCCGCGCUCGCUUCCCGCCUCGCCGGCGGGGUUGGCACUGGAUCCCUCCGCCAUCGCCACCACCAGCCGCCGCCUCCUACUGUGGCCGUAUCCGCGAGUCCGAGGGCGGGCUCCGUGGCCGUAGCCGCCGCCGCCGCCGCUUCUCCCUCCACCGGUGGCGUCACGCCGGUUCCACCCCGCCCCAGGGGAUCGAUUGUAAAGCGCCACACACUAUCAGUCUUUGUUGGGGAUGAGAGUGGGAUGAUCAAUCGAAUCGCCGGGGUUUUCGCUAGAAGAGGAUACAACAUCGAGUCAUUGGCUGUUGGGCUGAACAAGGACAAGGCGUUGUUCACGAUUGUUGUGUCCGGAACAGAGAAAAUACUCAAACAAGUCGUCGAGCAGCUCAACAAACUUGUUAAUGUUAUACAGGUUGACGAUUUAUCAAAGGAACCACAGGUUGAAAGAGAGUUAAUGCUUAUAAAACUAAAUGUGGAGUCAGAUAGGCGACUCGAGGUGAUGGGUUUGGUUGACAUUUUCAGAGCUAAAGUGGUUGAUCUUUCAGAGCGUACACUAACUAUUGAGGUAACUGGAGAUCCUGGAAAAAUGGUGGCUGUACAGAGGAACCUCAGCAAAUUUGGGAUCAAAGAAAUUGCCAGAACUGGCAAGAUAGCUUUGCGGCGUGAGAAAAUUGGACAAACUGCUCCUUUUUGGAGGUUCUCUGCAGCAUCAUAUCCUGAUCUUGAAGUAGUGCCUUCAAAAUCUACACUAAGCAAUGCAAUGAACACAAUCAGUAGUAAUUUUGAAGAAGCUUCACAGGGUGACGUUUAUCCAGUGGAAUCUUAUGAAAGCAUCUCGAUGAAUCAAAUUCUUGAUGCUCAUUGGGGUGACAUGACUGACGGCGAUCAUACCGGGUUUUGUUCACAUACGUUGUCGAUCCUUGUGAAUGAUGUCCCUGGAGUUCUCAACGUUGUAACAGGUGUCUUUUCCAGAAGAGGUUACAAUAUUCAGAGUCUUGCUGUUGGCCCAGCUGAAAAACUAGGCAUUUCUCGCAUCACCACUGUUGUUCCUGGAAAUGAUGAAUCUAUUGCCAAGCUAGUACAUCAACUUUACAAGCUCAUUGACGUUCAUGAGGUCCAAGAUCUUACGCAUUUACCGUUUGCUGCUAGAGAGUUAAUGAUCAUAAAGGUUGCUGUGAACACUACAGCUCGCAGGGCUAUCCUGGAUAUUGCUGAUAUUUUCAGGGCCAAAACAGUUGAUGUAUCAGAUCACACAGUAACUCUUCAGCUUACUGGCGACCUUGAUAAAAUGGUCGCACUGCAAAGGAUGCUUGAGCCCUACGGCAUCUGCGAGAUUGCAAGGACUGGCAGGGUUGCGCUGAGCCGUGAGUCAGGAGUCGAUUCCAAAUACCUCCGUGGGUUUUCCCUUCCUCUGUAGUUCGUCCAGCGGUUGGCACCCUCCAUCAGUUUAAAAUUGCCGUUCUUCUGGUCUCCUGAAGUUCGUACAGUGUUAUUCAGUUUUGUCGGGGCAUACAACAACAACACAGGGAUCGUAGAGACAUUGGAUAGGUUCACACUUUUUGAGUUUUUACUUAUAGAUACCGCAGAGCAAAAUGGGGAUGUGAAAAUCCCAUGUGACAACCGAGAGAAGAAACCCCUUCAUUUUAGAGUUCCUACAGUGAGAAUUUUGGCUUCCUACUUGGAAUACUGCGAUUAGUUCCAAACCUUUUUGUGAGGUUACAAAUCAAAGUGAGACCUAUUAUCUUUUAGAUUAAGAACUACCUCUUUCCGGUUUGUAAAGUGUGCAUGGAAUGUUAUAAAAAAAUUAUCCACAGAUUAUUAAUUAGACUAGUAAUGACCCAAAA